AUGUGGUCGAGGACGAAGACCACUGGAAAGGUGGGCUUCGACAAGCUCUAUGGCUGGGUCGACAAGCUGGGCCCGCCGGUAAACAAGCUGUCAAACAAGCUGGGAUCAGAGGCGUUCUGGCCCACGACGCUGGACAAGGAGAGCGACAAGGCCGCGCGGAUCCUGCAAAGCUUCUGCAGAGAUGGCUUCUAUCAGGAAGAUACGCUCAAAACGGCAGACGCCCCCAAGUCGAAGCAGAAGGUGCUGCAGAAGGUGCCGCCAGAGGUAAUCUAUAAUGCGAAAGGCCUGGCAAUCUUCACUACAAUGCGAACCGGCCUGUGGGUGUCCGGCGCAGGCGGCAGCGGUGUCCUCAUUGCGCGCAAACCAGACGGCAGCUGGUCGCCACCAUCGGGCAUCAUGACGCAGACAAUGGGGCUAGGUUUACUCGUGGGCAUCGACAUAUACGACUGCCUGCUGGUCAUCAACACACAAGAAGCCCUCGAUGCCUUCUCUCAGUUACGUUGCACGUUGGGCACAGACAUCAGUGCAGUGGCAGGUCCGAUUGGAAUCGGAGCACAUCUGGAAACAGAAGUCCACAAGAGACAAGCGCCCAUCUUCACGUACAUCAAAUCUCGAGGAUUCUACAUAGGCGUGCAGAUUGACGGCACGAUCGUCAUCGAACGCACGGACGAGAACGAGCGCUUCUACAACGAGCGGAUACCGGUUGCGGACAUACUGGCUGGCAAAGUGCGGCAUCCACCUUUCGAGACCAGAGCGCUACUGGAGACUAUCAAGGCCGCACAAGGGGAUGCGGACGUGGACGAGAGACUCCUACCGCUCGAACCAGCACCCAGCGACUUUGAGAUUGUGCAGGACAAACCACUCUUCGGAGUCCCUACCAAGGAGGACCCCGACCCGUACGGCGUGCUAGCGCUCGAGAAGGAAGGCUUUGAGAUUAGAGAAGCCGGAACACACCGACGUCCCUCGAGCGAGCAAUUCGAAUUCAACCCCAGCCCUUUGAGUCCGAUCUACAGCGCCUUCAGCCGCAAAAGCAUCGACGGCAGGACACCAAGCCGGAAGAGCAGCAUACAUAGCAGCUGGCGCAUAAGCGCACUCAGCGCAGCAGAGCGACCACCCUCAAAAUCGUCAGAACCCUCACGGAUGACAGACAUGUCCACGCAGACCGACUUCGAGGAGCCCAGCUCGCCCGUUUCUAGACGAUCCAGCAGCACAAACAGCCGCGCGAAAAUGGGCGAGAUCCCAGAAAACAAAAGCACAGACGACGUCUCCGAGCCCAUCAUCAACGGCUCCGUCUCCGCCAACGGCGACAUCUCCGUCUCGCGCUCCUCGUACCACGAGCGCCGCGCCAGCGCCUCCGCGUCUUCCGUCCAGCGCAACUCCCUCCGGGACACCAUGGCCUACCCGGACCCGCCACGCACAGCCUCCGUGCCCGCCAUCCCCUAUCGGCAGUCCGUCGACCUCGCCUACGCAGACGAGGAGCCCGAAGUCGCCAUCGUGCAAGCCGUGCGCCGCUCCCCAGCGCCGCAGUUCAUCUCGCGCGCGGGCAUCGGCGCGCGCCUCGUCACGGUCACGAAACCGACGCCGCCGAAACUCCCGCCGCGGAACCCGAUCCGCGAUCGGAAGAGGCCGCUCGUUGUUGACGCCUCGCCUGUCACCCCCUCUGAGGCAGAGGGCAGCACCAUCUCGCCGACCGUGACGGAGACCGAGGACCGCAAAUCCAUGUCGCCGCACCGAGGGUCCGGGUCCUCGGAUCUGGGGCGAAGGUCCUCGGCUACGAGUUUUGACUCGAUUUCCUCGGGCGAGCAGAUGAGUGCUGUGAGCGAGCGGGUUGCGAAGAUGGGGCUGCGGUCUGACUCCGCUAACGAAGAGCGGAAGAAGGUCGAUGCGUCGUCGGCGGCGAUGCCGGGGGCGUUUGCGACCGCUGAGGCUGACGAGUUUCACUCGCUGCCGGUCACGCCGGAUGGGGACGUGAGGCCGUGGAGCGAGGGCGGGAAGCAGGGGACUUAUUUGGCUUAUCGGACAUAG